AUGGACCUGGACGUGGACUACGAGCGCCCCAACGUCGAGACCAUCAAGUGCGUGGUGGUGGGCGACAAUGCGGUGGGCAAGACGCGGCUGAUCUGCGCCCGCGCCUGCAACGCCACGCUCAGCCAGUACCAGCUCCUGGCCACCCACGUCCCCACCGUCUGGGCCAUCGACCAGUACCGCGUCUGUCAGGAGGUGCUGGAGCGCUCCCGGGAUGUGGUGGACGAGGUCAGCGUCUCCCUGCGUCUCUGGGACACCUUUGGGGACCACCACAAGGACCGACGCUUUGCCUAUGGCAGGUCGGAUGUGGUGGUGCUCUGCUUCUCGCUGGCCAACCCCAACUCCCUGCGGCAUGUGAAGACAAUGUGGUACCCUGAGAUCAAGCACUUCUGCCCCCGCACGCCCAUCGUGCUGGUGGGGUGCCAGCUGGACCUGCGCUACGCUGACCUGGAUGCUGUCAACCGUGCCCGGCGUCCCUUGGCCAAGCCCAUUAAGCCCACUGACAUCCUGCCCCCAGAACGUGGCCAUGAGGUGGCCAAGGAGCUGGGGGUGCCCUACUAUGAGACCAGCGUGGUGGCCCAGUUUGGCAUCAAGGACGUCUUCGACAAUGCCAUCCGAGCUGCCCUCAUCUCCCGCCGCCACCUCCAGUUCUGGAAGUCCCACCUGAAGAAGAUGCAGCGGCCGCUGCUGCAGGCUCCAUUCCGACCCCCCAAACCUCCCCCACCUGUCAUUCAGGUCCCUGAUCCCCCCUCUGGCCGCACCUGGGGCCCCGCUGCGCUCUUCCGCACCCCGCUCUGUGCUGACGUCGUCUUCCAGCUGCACGGAGGCCAGCAGAUCUUUGCCCACCGCGUCUACCUGGCCACCUCCUGCUCCAAGUUCUAUGACCUCUUCACGCUGGAGGGGCCGCAGGGUGGGGCAGCCAAGGAGCCAGCUGCCCGCACCAAGAGCCUGGACGGGGAGCGGGGUGCACUGGCUGAGGGGGCGCGCACCCUGCUCAGGACUUCGCAGAGCGACGAUGCUCUGCGCCUGGCGGCCGGGGACAGCACAGGGGACAGCGACGCUGGGAUCCGUGACCUGUCCGCCUGGGGCCGGGGCUUCAUCAGCAUGCGCUGGGAGCCGGUGGCAGACCCGGUGAUGGGGCGGGAGAAGCGGAUGGCAGUGGUGCACAUGGACCAGCGGGUGCAGGCUGAGCCCUUCCGUGCUGUCCUUGAGUACCUCUACACUGGGCGGCUGGACCAAGCCCGAGGUGACCUGAUGCAGGUGGCCACCAUCGCUGAGCUGCUGGAGGUCUUUGACCUGCGCAUGAUGGUGGCCAACGUGCUCAACAAGGAGAGCUUCAUGAACCAGGAGAUCACCAAGGCCUUCCACGUCCGCCGUGCCAACCGCAUCAAGGAGUGCCUGGCUAAAGGAGUCUUUGCAGACGUGGUGUUCUGCGUGGAUGACGGAGCGGUGCCGGCGCACAAGCCGCUGCUCAUCGCGGGCUGUGACUGGAUGAUGGCCAUGUUCCGGGGGGCCUUCCGGGAGAGCUAUGCUGCCGAGGUCUCCCUGCCUGGCACCAACUGCGCCUGCCUGCGCGCUGUCCUCGACUUCCUCUAUACCGGCGUUUUCACCCCCACACCUGACCUGGAUGCCAUGGAGCUCCUCAUCCUCACCAACCGUCUCUGCCUGCCCCGGCUGCAGGCGCUCACAGAGCAAUACGCAGUGGAUGAGCUGCUGAGAGCCUUCAUGCAGCAUGUGGAGAUCGAUGAGCAGGUCAUCAUCUACCUGGAGAUGACUCAGUUCCACAACGCCCAGCAGCUGGCCGCAUGGUGCCUGCACUACAUCUGCACCAACUACAACGACGUCUGCCGCCGCUUCCCCCGCGAGAUGAAGUUCAUGUCCCCAGAGAACCGGGCGCACUUUGAGCGGCACCGGUGGCCACCGGUGUGGUACCUGAAGGAGGAGGACCUGUACCUGCGCUCGCAGAAGGAGCGGGAGAGGGAGGAGCAGCUCCAGCGCAAGCAGCACCCCCGCAGCAAGUGGUGCUUCUGGAGACCCUCGCCCCAUGUCUCCUGAGCUGGGGAGGGGGGCACGGAUGGGACUGGGGGGAACGUGCAUGCCCGCUCGGCCCCAUGCCCUGGAGGGCAGCUGGUACCCCCUGGUGCUCCCCAUUCCGGCUGUUUACAGGCGCUUGCUGGGUCAUGGCUCAUCCUCUCCCUCUCUGUCCCUCCGUGCCUUUCACUGGCACGGGAGCGUGGCCGAGCUGUGCUGAGCCGUGCCAGCCGUGCCAAGCUGUGCCAGCCAUACCAAGCUGUGCCCAGCCAUGCCAGCCACACCAAGCUCUGGUGGCUGUGCUGAAGCUGUGCCAGCCUUGCCAAGCUGUGCUGAGCUGUGCUGGCCAUGCCAGUCUGUGUCAGUUAUACCAACCUGUGCCAGCCAUGCCAAGCCAUGCCAGCUAUACUAAUCUGUACCAACCACGCCAAGCUGUACCGGCCAGUCUGAGUUGUGCUGAGCUCUGCAGGCCAUGCCAAGCCAUGCUGAGCUGUGCUGUGCCAACCUGUCUCAGCCUUGCCAAGCUGUGCCAUGCCCACAGGGCUCCCUCCACCCUGGCCAACGCUGGUGCUACCUCUGACCGAGCAGUAUUGUGGGGCUGGGCAGUGGGGGGGCACUCUGCCAGCCUCUUCCUCCCUUCCCUGUUCCCCGUUCCAUGCCGGGUGCUCCCCGGGCAGGGCUUUCUGGUGCUGUAUUUCCCCCCUGCCAGAGGCAAUGGGGGGGGCAAGCUGUG